GAAAGUUUAAAUUAAGAUUAAACCUUCAUUUGCUCCAUGCAGGGCCAAAGCUUCAAGUGAAAGCUUCAGGUCAAGUUCUGGCUUGGAAAGUGUAGUUCACCUCACCAAACACUGACAUCAGGGGAGGGGUUCAGAAGCAAGCGGGUGGACCUGUGCACAGCGUUGCAUUUGCAGCACUGAGCAGGGGGGUGUCGCAGCAAGCUGAAAAGCUCUUUGUCCAGAGCAACUUCUUUUUGGGGAUGUGCAUCACAAGCGAAGAAAGUCCGCUGGUCGCACAAAGUGCAGGAGUGCAGCACCCUUGUGCAUCCCGUCAUCUUUUGUAGUCCUUCCCCUCGAAGUAUAGGUUGAAUGAGUACCACUGCCAUACGGAGUUUGCCCCGAGUUGCUUUAGGAGUUGAUUCGAGAGGAGUUGACUACAACUCAUUCUUUCCACCACAUCAGAGUCAAAGUGCCAUGUUGACCAUGCUUCCGCUCUGGAGACAGUGAAGCAACAGCAUUGAUUCUUCAUCAGAAAGCUGACUAGAGACUUGUCAAAGAAAAUGACUUCCACCUCAAAGUAUAGGGAGGACUGGAAACUCAGGCACGUUGGGUCCACUCUCUUUCUGGGAGGGACGCUCAUGCUCAGCAUCAUAAUGGGCCAAGCGUUGAUUGUGCUCGCGGCUCCUGUCUUGCUGGCACUGUACCAUUGGGCGAUUGCUCCCGCUGUCAAGUUCCGCCAUAUUGCAGGCCCGCCCUUCCGUCCCUUGGUCGGAAACCUCCCCGAGCUCUUCAAGAACGAGUACCACGAGGCAGUCUACCAGUGGUCUUUGCAAUAUGGACCUGUGUACCGGUUCUUCAUGGGCCCCACACCGAUCGUCGUGCUCGCUGACCCGGAGCUCAGCAAAAACGUGGGCUUGACGCUGUUCCACGACUUUCAUGACCGCACGGCCAUGCAAUCCAUAGAAACGGCGCCCGACGGUCUCGUCUUCUCAAAGGGCGCAUAUUGGGCCGGGGCCCGAAGCGCGGUCAUGCCGCUGUUCCACACCGAACAGCUCGAGGCGUACGCGCCCGCGAUGCACGGGGCGCUGAGCAAGAUGCGUGCGCGGAUGACGGAAGCGGCCGCCAAGGGGGAGCCCGUGGAGGUCAAGCAGCUGACGCAACAGCUGUCGUUCGACAUCAUUGGAAAGGCCGCCUUUGGAGUCGACUUCGAAGCGCAGACCGAUGCUGAAACCGGCCCUCUGGUCGUCGCCGCAAACAAGCUGAUCAACACGAUCAAGAUCGGGAGCGGCGCACCGCUCGAGACGGUCGUCGGUUUGUUCUUCCCCCGGGCAGUGCAAGACUGCAUCGCAGGGCUGAUGAAGCUCGUACCGGGCACCAUGGAACGGGUCGGGUUCGAGAACCGCAAGUUUCUGAUGGACGUCGCGGAGCGGACGGCGGCCGAGAGGAGGGCACGUGGCGGCGAGGAUGACGUCAUGCGCUCGAGCGACUUCCUGACGUACUUGGCCAGGACGGCGCGCGUGAAGGACACGGGGCGGAAGCUGACCGACCGGGAGAUCCGGGCAAUCGCGAUGGAGGUGCUGCUCGCGGGGUCCGACACGACGGCCACAACCAUCGCCAUGGCGGUGUUCUUCCUGUCGUACCAUGCGGACGCUCGAAACAAAGUGUACAAAGAAAUCGACCGAAAUGCAAAGGCCGGUGUGAAGGAGCCCGGCUACUCCGACCUGGCAAAGUAUUCAUACGUCGAACAGGUCGUCAAGGAGACGUUGCGCAUGUUCUCCACUGGUCCUCUCCUCAUCCGCACCGCCAAGCGCGACAUGCACGUGGCGGGCACGCAUAUCCCGGCGGGAACAAUCGUUUGGCUGGCCACGGAGACCGUGCACCGGAAUCCGGUCCACUUUCCGGACCCGGAACAGUUCCGGCCGGAACGCUUCGACCCGCACAACCCGGAGGCGCUCCAGCGGCACCCGUAUGCCUACCUUCCGUUCGGGCUGGGGCCCCGGAUGUGCGUCGGCUUCAAGUUCGCCAUGGAAGAGGCGCAGAUAGCGCUGAUCACUCUGUACCAAAGCUUCCGGUUCGAGCCGCGGCCGGACACGCCCACGUGGCCCCUAAAAGUGUGGGCCGGCAUCGUGUUGAAGCCCAGCGAAAACAUUUUGCUCGACGUGUACUUGCGGUAGCAAACUUAGAGAAACGUUUGCAACAAAAGAUCGAUGGGUGGCGAACGAGGAGUUAAGUUGUCCUCGAGCCCAUAAAGCCUUGCCCUUUUUGGAGCCAUGUUUCCGUUCCGAGCGCAAUUGCUCAGCUGACGGGUUGAUCGAGUUGCGUUCCCACAGGACAGCGAGGAUAUUUGUGGAAACUCAUUAAAAUUCACAGUAUUUUAGCCUAGACCUAUCCACAAAGAGGUCGCGACUAGCUGUAAAGUAUACUUCGCCACACGCACGCACCCGUUCGAAAGCCAUUGAACUUUGAAUCAUCCAUUGCAAUCAUGCGAC